GUCAAGUACAUGGUUCUGAAAACAAGCUCUAGCAUUAUUAGUGACUUAUAGCAAGAAAGCAAUACUCUAUUAGAACCAAAAACAAAUCAAGAGACAAGUUAUAUCACACAAAGUACUGCAUAGAGGGAAACACUUCUCAUUCCUACUUUAUCCCUUUCUCUGUUGUUUUCCCUCUUUCAUUACCUCAGCCAAAUGGAGUUUCAAGAUAUUGAGCACCACUUUGGAAACAAAAACCGAAAACAAAUUAUCCCUAAAGUAACUUUACUAGCAAUCUUUGCAAUAUUUAUAUUUUCUAUCACCGUCUUGUCUUAUCCUUCGUUUGAUUGCUCUUCACUCUUGAAGAUCAAUCUCAAGAUCAAUAAUCCUAAGCAAUCAUCAUCCUCUGCAUAUGAACCAGUAAGCUUGCCCUCAGCAUCUAUCAAGAAGUGUGACAUUUUCAAGGGUGAAUGGAUUCCAAAUCCUAAUGCACCAUAUUACACAAACAGAACAUGCAGGGUAAUUCAUGAGCACCAAAAUUGCAUGAAGUAUGGUAGACCUGACACUGAGUUCAUGAAAUGGAGGUGGAAGCCAAGUGCUUGUGAACUCCCCAUAUUCAAUCCCUUCCAGUUCCUAGAAAUUGUGAGGGGGAAAUCAAUGGCCUUUGUAGGAGACUCUGUAGGCAGGAAUCAUAUGCAAUCCAUGAUUUGCCUCCUAUCAAGUGUGGAACAGCCCAUAGAUGUAUCAUACACAACGGAUAACUAUUUUAUGAGAUGGAAGUUUGCAAGCUACAACUUCACCAUGGCAAAUUUUUGGACUCCUCAUUUGGUCAGAGCUGAACAUGAAGAUCCAAAUGGUCCAAGCCACAGUGGUCACUUCAAUCUUCACCUUGAUGAGUUUGAUGAGAAAUGGACAACCCAAAUUGAAGAGUUUGACUAUAUCAUUCUCAAUGGAGGGCAUUGGUUCUUUGGGCCAAUGGUGUUCUAUGAGAAUCAAAAAAUUGUAGGAUGCCAUCAAUGCAUGUUAGAAAAUGUUACUGACUUAACCUUUUACUAUGGAUAUAGAAGGGCUUUUAGGACUGCAUUUAGAGCCAUUAAUAGUUUAGAAAACUUCAAGGGUGUAACAUUUAUUAGAACAUUUUCACCACCUCAUUAUGAGAAUGGGUUUUGGAAUCAGGGUGGGAAUUGUGUUAGAACCAAGCCAUUUAGGAGCAGUGAGGCACAAUUAGAAGACAUUUUUAUGAAAUUAUAUAUGAUCCAAUUGGAGGAGUUCAAAAUUGCUAGAAAUAAAGGUUUGAAAUUCAGGUUAUUUGACACUACACAAGCAAUGUUAUUGAGACCAGAUGGUCACCCAAGUAGAUAUGGGCAUUGGCCACAUGAGAAUGUGACUAUGUAUAACGAUUGUGUGCACUGGUGCUUGCCAGGGCCCAUAGAUACAUGGAGUGAUUUCCUACUAGAAAUGUUGAAGAUGGAAGCUGUGAAUUCUACUACUGAAGUUGAGAGGUUUAAUUAAUUUGCAGACAAGGUGACAAUCAAUUAUAAUUUAAAUUCACUUGUAAGUAUAAGUACUAUACCUAAAAUUCCUUUUAUAAUUUCGUUGGCAGAAAUUGUUGUAAUUUUACAAAGAUAAAAUUUGUUAUUUCCA